UUGUAUAUGAAACUAUUGAGCUUAAAUCCAAUAUGGCCACCUUUUUUCCGACAGUAUGUUGCCAUGGUGAGAGAAACGACAGCCGCGGUAAUAUAUCAGACGUGUCAAAUGGUGCAUAACAGUCUCUUUCAAAUCCCGCAUUUGUGAAAUACAACGGCAAAAAAGAGACCUAUCUAUGUAACGCUGUUGAAUAACACCGAGAACGGAGAAGUGAGUUUUUUUUUCUAGAUUGACCAGCUACUUGAAUGCAGUGGUUAUGCUCAUGCCCAGAUACGUAGACAGUGACUUCAUACUCAUUUUUCAGCACACGUCUAGGAGCCGUCGCUCGCCUUUUAGAAUGGAUAUAUCGGCAAGAAAACCAUCUAUGUGCGCUGAGAAGAUUUACUCCUAACUGUAAGGAAACGUAUUUUCUAUCAGUGCUUGCCAGUGGACUGCUCUGUUUCGAUUGAGCCGCUGCUGAAAUUCGUUUUAUUCCCUCUCCAAAGCAGCGGUGCGUUCACUUACUAUCAUACUGCUUUAAAAUGAAGAUGGGCUCUAUGAAAUGAUGAUGAUGGACGAACGAGCUACCACGGCUGCUCUCUACCAAGGUGGCAGCAAUGGCAGAGGCAGCAGAUACCUCAUUUAUUCCUUCCAUGCAGAGGAACAAUGCUGAAAUUGAUGACAGAGGGAUCCAUCUAAUUUGCCAUUAAUACAAUGAACACCACCGUUACACCAUCAGACCUGGUGGAUGUGCCAAGACAGCAGACCUUCAACGGCACCCUGGGCACACACACCUCUUCAGGAUGGGCCGUGAUCCACACUGCUACCUUGACCUUUUGCUCCCUCCUCCUCAUCUUCAUCUUCUUCCUGGGCUCUUACGGCAACCUCGUGGUGUUCCUGUCCUUUUUUGACCCGGCGUUUCGCAAGUUCCGCACCAACUUCGACUUCAUGAUCCUCAACCUGUCCUUCUGCGACUUGUUCAUCUGCUGCGUGACAGCUCCCAUGUUUGCCCUGGUGCUCUUCCUGGAUGCCGGCGGAGGGGAUGGCGUGUCCAAGAGCUUCUGCUUUGCCUUCCACCUGACCAGCUCGGGCUUCAUCAUCAUGUCCCUGGAGACGGUGGCUGUCAUUGCUUUGCACAGGCUGCGCAUGGUUCUGGGGCAGCAGCCCAACCGCACUGCCUCCUUCCCCUGCACGUUGGCCCUCACCGCCCUGCUAUGGACGUCCAGCUUCACCAUGGCUGCUCUCCUCACCAUGCGAGCUUAUCCACGUAGAGAUGGACCUUGUUUGCCCCACUUUGGCCUGGGAAGCGGGCAGGCCAGGGUCGUGUUGUACAUCUACCUGGCAGACUUUGCCUUUUGUGUAGCUGUGGUGUCUGUUUCCUACCUGAUGAUUGCUCAGACACUGAGGAAGAACGCACAAGUGAGGAAAUGUCCCAUCAUCACUGUAGAUGCCACGUGCCCUCCGCCCCCGCCGCCUCUCAUUGCAGCAGGCUUUGAAAGCAUGCAGUGUGCUGUCCAAGGCCCCUCUCUGUAUCGUAACCAGACUUACAACAAACUGCAGAAUGUACAGACACACUCUUAUGCCAACAGGACCAACCAGCCAGUGGUUCCUGGAGCUGCUCAAGGGGCCACCUGCUGCCAGCUGGUCUCUACAGUCAACUUGGCUACAGCCAAAGACUCCAAGGCAGUUGUCACCUGUGUAGUUAUAGUGUUCUCUGUGCUGCUCUGUUGCUUGCCAAUGGGAAUUUCACUGUCACAGGACGUUUUGUCACCAGAAAGUAGCUUUGCACAUUACCAGUUUGAACUGUGCGGCUUUGUGCUCAUUUUUCUCAAAUCGGGCAUCAAUCCCUUUGUGUACUCACGCAACAGCGCAGGCCUCCGCCGCCGUGUGCUGUGCUGCAUUCAGUGGGCUGCGCUAGGCUUCCUCUGUUGCAAACAAAAGACUCGCCUGCACGCGAUGGGGAAAGGCAGUCUGGAAGUCAAUCGCAAUAAAUCUUCCCACCAUGAGACCAACUCGGCCUAUGUACUCUCACCCAAGCCACAGAGGAGGCUGGUAGACCAGGCAUGUGGGCCCAGUCACUCCAGGGAUUGUGCUGCUAGUCCAAGGGCCACAGGUGCACGCAAACCUCGCCUCCCGAGUACUUCUACACCUAUCAACACCCGCAUUGAGCCCUACUACAGUAUAUACAACAGCAGCCCCUCUGCAGGACCCAGCUCCCCCACCAGCCUGCAGCCUGUCAGCUCUCAGACAUUUGCCUUUGCUAAGUCCUAUGUAGCCAUGCACUACCACACUCACCAGGACACACUGCAAGACUUUGAAAGCACCUCAGUGCACCAGAUUCCCAUCCCCUCUGUCUAAGCAAAGAACAGAAAGGUUUGGAUGAUCUUUCCAAACUUGAAAUCCAAUGUGAAUCAAAAAAGGAACAUGAAAACAGUCCAUUUUAUGUACUAUUUGGAAUUAGUAUUAACCGUUUGUUUUCUUCUACAAUGACAAGACAUUAUGUUCCCAUUUCUUGGGUGGAAAAAAGAAAGAACCAGGAUUAUAAGCUUUGCCAUAGAAACCAAAAACAACAAAGACAUUUCUAAUGAAAAGUAUCUGUUCCAAAAAGUUACUGUUUUUGCUCUUACAGAUAUACAAUUUCAUCUGAAUCUGCCCCUUUUUAGUGCACGCAUGUGCCAGUAUAACCCAAGACUGGGCAGGUUUUCAUUGAAGCCAAAGACAGCAGCUGCUGGUUUCACUGCUGCCUCCUCUGGUUGAAAUUACUGAGCUGUGACACCAGCUGCUGUAGCAUCCGCCUACAAUGAAACCCUGCAAAAUCCCACACAUGGCUGUCGAUGGCAUGUGUUUGCACCUUGAUGGGACUUUUAUGCUUCGUAAGAAAAAUGUGUUUGUGAGCCUCAUACUCUUUUUAACACAAUAAAUGUUUGGCAAGUGCA